AUGGCCGCUCGUCCUCACCGUUUUGAAGUUGACAACAAAAAAUGUCGCUGGGAGCGCCGUAUUCUGACCAUUGGCGAUGGGAUGACUCCUGCGGCAGGAAAAGAGCCUUCGAGAAUCGCGUGCAGAUCUUACGGCACCGAUGUCAAGAUAGUCGUCGCUGUCGAGAGCUACUGUCAUCAAGUUCCCAAGCAGGACUACGAAGAGCUCAGAGAUUUAGGGUGGGAGGAACAGAUGAAGGUCCUCGCCCCAGACGGUGAAGAAGGCACCAAGAACGAUCGCAAUCUCCUUUCAGCUUGGUUGGAUGAGUUUCACGAAAUCAUCGACCAAAAACUCGUGGAAUUCAAAGAACAAGAACCGGCGGAUUGCAAAGACAUCGAGGGCGGCAUCCAGCUACUCUGCGACGAGAUGUCCAGCCUCCUGGACAGUGACUGGGGAGAUUUGGAAUCAUCGCUUCCUCAGACAGACUAUACAAUAGUGGUGAUCUACUCACGUUUUCGAAUCAAGACAAAGAUGGGUUCACGGCUUGUUCCUGAGCAUUCCCGCUUCUCACCUCACCUGGCAGGCCUCAAGCUCAGGGAAAAAGCCUGCGUAAUCAAAGGAGAACAUCCCUUUGAGAAGUACGGCGAAAUGAUCAGGUUCUGUCACCUUCUAGCUAUGCUCAGCAAACAAGACUACCCUUACAAGGAUACCAUCAUCGGUACGCACUGGGUCAUGUAUCAGUCGCUUGGAGUCGAUCCGCUUGGGCGAGGUGGGAAUUCCCAUCGAAUCGAGAUCAUCCUGAGCAUGAGCGCGACCAAGGGGAUGGUUGAAUGCAGAUAUGACUUGACAGGCGAGAUCAUCUUGUUGAUUCGCAGUCACUGCCACAAGACAGUCGAAGAGGUCGAGAAGUGGGCCCGCCACAACGAGCAGCCGCUCACGGAUCUCGCUGAGAAGGAGAUCGACCUUGAAGCAGAACGCUUCCUCGCCGCUUCCAAGAGUAUCUCAGAAGACCAGACCGUAUACUACAAAUGGUUCUUGAGUUGCAACGAUACCAAAUUCCCUGAGAAGCCCGAGCAAUCCGACCGAGACCGAUCGCUCUCGAUCGACGCUGGACCCUCGAGUGUUCAGACUCAUGCAUCGGGACAUUGA